GGCCGGUCCACUAUCAGUUGUAAAUAUUUAAUAUUGUGGCCCAUUAACUGGCCCAAUAAAGACCUCAGCCCAAUACCAACUGCAGGUUACCUUCCGCUCCGCCUCAAAACUCCCCAGCAAAUCAAAACCCUACCAGCCAUCACAGGUCUCUUCGAGGGUGGUGCGACUCCAUUUGCGGUACCAAACCUUUCGUUGCACACUUCAUGUUUGAAGCUCUUCAAGAAUUCUAAUUUACUAGAAGCAGAAAUGAUAACUGCUCGCGUUGCUUUGAGAUCUAUUGGUGAUGGCUUUGCCCGACGAUACUGGGGUCCUCACAUUGCGAAAACUCUAUCGACCUCUGCAUAUUCAGGAAAUGGAGUCGAGGACAGGAAAAGUAAUGACUCAUUUGAAUCUGCUAAUGAGUUUGAACAGCGAAUAUUUGGAGGUGUCUCUGGGGGCAGUUCAAGUUCUGACUCAUUUUUUGAAAAGCUUGAUAAACUUGAGAAGGCUCGCUAUAGAUAUGAUUCGAAAUCUGACGGGGAACAUAGUUCCUCAUUAUUAGAUGGUCUAGAUGAUAGUUUUGAUACAUUAUCAGAUGGAAUGGAUGGUAAAUUAAAAAAAGCUGCCACAUAUUUUGAAUUUGAUCCUGAAGAGAUAGAAAAAGAAGAUUAUGUUUAUAGACCAGAUGUGACCUUUUUGCGUGGAAUGACCUAUGACACUAAGGAUCUCGAUCUGACAAAGCCAGGAAUUCGCAAACAAUUAAAAAAAUAUGAGUUUGAAGUAACAACUGAGGAAGUGUUGAGGAAAGCUGAUUUCAGGAAUGUAAGAUUCCUUGCAAAUUUCAUUACGGAGGCUGGAGUAAUCAUCAAGAGGAGCAAGACUCGUAUUAGUGCAAAGGCUCAAAGGAAGGUUGCUAGGGAGAUUAAAACAGCACGUGCUUUUGGCCUGAUGCCUUUCACAACAAUGGGGACAAAGUCUUUUAUCUUUGGGAAAACAAUGGAGAAUCGUGAUGAAGAUUAUGAAUAUGAGAGUUAUGAUAGCCCUGCAACUGCCGAUUUGGAUGGAAAUGCUGAUUUUUGAUACCAGAUACUGAUUCCGUGAUGCAAGAACAAAUGAACACACCCCCGAACAUCGGUGAGCAUGGCAAGACCUGUUUAGGAGAUUGAUCAGCUGUACAAAGCAGGCUAGGAACCAUGAUAGGGUAAUUAGCAGACCUAUCUUUUUUUUCUCUCCCCCUUGAAUGGAGUAAUAAGCAGGUUCAUUGGCCUGAAUAUUCUGAGUCCUGUAAAGAUAUUGUUAUUUUGUUUGAGAAGUCGGACUCAUUUUGUAAGCAUGUUGUCGUGGUGUUAGACUUUGACAAAAUUGCUUAGAAUUUGAUAUUUCUUAUGUUUUACGGAUACAAUCUAUACAUUGCUAUUUUAGCCAUCUUUUUUCGAGUAAAGCCUGAUUCAAUGAUGUUGAA